AUAUUGCUUCUAUGAAUUCCUUUGGUUUGAGUUUGGGACGAGGUUGGAGAUACUAUAAAGUUUAACCACGUAAUCUAAAGCUCCAUCCAGGGUUAGAGAAGUGAUUUGUGAAUUCUCGGACUGGAUGAUUGAGGGAUAAUCCUCCCGAGGACAGAGUGGCAUGAGCCAGAGAAGGGUGGGCUCCAGGACUUGCAUUAUCCCCUAGGAAAGCGGUACUUGACGGAUCUCUCAGGCCCUUUUCCCGAGUGAUUCUCCAGGGAUGGCGGCCUCCGGGGUGGAGGCUGCCGAAACCCCCCAAACCGAAACCUCCCGAUGGAAGAAGAAGAAGAAGCCAGUCUACCGCACGGUCAGCCAAAUCUGCCCCCCUCCGAGGCGACCCCUGACCAUAGCCGAUCUGCGCCCGGGCAUGGAGAAUGAGAGGCUGGGCCUCAUCAGGGACUCCAUGCUGCAGAAUCCGCUCAUCCUAAAGGCUGAACUUGGGAAGCCUCGAGAAAGGAGCAGCACUCUUCCUGGAAUAAAUUUUAACUAUGGAUUGUAUGUUCAAGAGAUAGAUGGAGGAGUCCCAGAAGCCAUUGGACACUGGGAUGUUUUGAAACAGCAACCCACUUCUCCCCAGGCUAUGACUCGAGAUUUUAUUGCCAUGAACCGGGGUGCAAUCAAGGCUGGUCUGGUCACAGCCAAGGAACAUUUCCUAUACCGUCAACUCAAUGAUAUUCGCAGGAGUGACCAGGAUGAGAGGCGUUUUAAAAAGGACCUGUCAUAUGUCCCUCCCGAUAUUACCUAUGGGAAUCAGGCACGGCCUUCUACGCCCUUCUUUGAUCUGAUGCAACACAAGUACCAGCAGCUAUGGAUAGAGGAACAAAAAGCAGCCCAAAAAGCCUUUAAAAAAGAUAAAAAAAACAAGAUCACCCUUGGGAGGUUUUAUGAGACAAGGACCUGUCAGCUGAGGAAGUAUAAACCGACAGUGAAACUGGACCCUCUUUGGCACAUGCCUCACUUUCAAAAGGUGAGCCGCCAUCUUGAUACAUUCCCGUCUGAGAAAGCUCGCCAGAGGGCAUACAAAGCCCACUAUGAGGAGUUCUCAGUACGUCAAGGAACCCUGCGUAGGGGCAACUAUACCCAUCUCUAGACACUUGACUUUUAUAAGAAACCUUUUUAGUGUGAUAGGAAAUUCCCUGGAUAGAUUUAAGAGUAUAGUGAAUCCUCCUUCUCUGCCCUUAUUGAGACAAAACCCCAUGUCAUUUGAUGGGGAUUCUGCCUCUGUAAGGACCUAAGAAUCAGCUCUCAAGUCAAUGAUAUUUGAUGACUUCCUAUUUUUUUAGGUCCAAGUGCUUAGUAACUCCUUUCUGCUUCCUCACUGGAGAAUCAAUUUCCCUUAGCAUUCUAAAUCAAUAAAGGAGCUUAUCCUCUCUUCCAAUAUUCUCUUCUGAUGUGAAGAUCCUGAGUUUCAAGGCUUUUGUCCAAGGAAUUAUGUGAAGGUCAGAUCUCACAGCCCUGUUACACUCAAGACUAAGAACAAAAAACAUACCGGCUUUCCUGCUUAUUAUAAUAUCAACAUACUCUGAGAUCCCUUGCUUUCGUCUCCUGAAUCUUAGUUCUCCUCUUUGGGCUUAUGACCACAUGCAUGUGAGUGCUAGUUCUCUGGGUUCCAGUCUACCAUGAAUCCUCCUAGGUAGUAACUGGAACCUUUAUGAUCUGGACUAUUUCAGCUCUCCUAUGAUGUACUAUCUCUCAAUCUAUCAGAUCAUUCCUAUAUUCCUAACCUAUGAGAAGGUUGCUAGGGUUAGCAUUAUUUAGAUCCCUUCCUAAAGAGAGAGAGAGAGUUCCAAGGAAGAGAAAGGGCCACAAGAAUGUUUUCUCAAUAUAUAACUGCUUUGACUGACCUCCUUGGUCAGUCUUCAUAUUAUGGAAGUACCCUUCUAUUCUCCAGUACCUUUUGUCAGAAAUAACAUAUAAAGAUUCCACAAUUCUGUAUUUUAAUUAAAUACUUUGGUUUGCCA